AUGGCAAAAUACCUCGGCCUUCGAGGCCCAUUACUGACCCAAGCCAUCAUCUGGCUGGUUGUGUGUCCAGCCUUUACCUGUUAUGGCUACAAUAUCAGUGUCGCUGGCGGUCUCUUGACGCUCGAGUCAUUUGUCGCCAUGUUUCCAUUGCUCGACACCAUCCAUACCACCGGAGCGCAGCAGUCGCACAAUUCGACGAUCCAAGGCACCGUUCUUGCGCUCUUUACCGUCGGUGGCAUCUUUGGCUCGCUGUCCUGCAUCUACCUCGGCGAUCGCCUCGGUCGAAAAAGGGUCAUCCAGAUUGCGUCCAUGGUGGCCAUCUUGGGCGCCGUGCUCAUGGCCUCGUCGUUUCAUCUCGCGCAGUUCAUCGUGGCGCGACUGGUGCUUGGCCUCGGCACGGGCGGCUAUCUCGCCACCGUGCCCGUCUGGCAAGCCGAGAUUUCUCGCGCGAGCAAGCGCGGCGCCCACGUCGUCCUCGACGGCAUUUUCGUCGGCGCCGGUAUUUCUUUGGCGUUGUGGGUAGACUUUGGCUUCUUCUUUGUCACGGACAGCUCCGUGUCGUGGCGCUUCCCACUGGCUUUGCAAAUCCUGCUGCUCCUCUGCGUGGCCGGCUUCGUUUCGCUCUUUCCGGAAUCCCCUCGAUGGCUGGUGAAGCAAGACCGCAUUGCAGAAGCCAAACAGGUGCUGUCUGCGCUGAAUGACGAUGACCCGGGCUCCGAGGCCAUUGCCAGUGAAGUACGAGAAAUACAGCACUCGCUGUCCAUCUGCGGUGCGCUGUCUUGGAAAGCCAUGGGGACAAUGGGAGAGCAGCGGCUCUUUCAUCGUACGGUCCUCGCAGCUGCUGGCCAGACAUUUCAGCAAAUGUGCGGAAUCAACCUCAUUUCCAUGUACGCGACGACAAUCUUUGAGCAGUAUCUCCAUAUAAACCCAACCAAUUCUCGCAUUCUCGCCGCAUCAAUGGCGCUGACCCAAAUCUUCGGUGGCUACUUGGCAUUCUUCACUAUUGACAGACUUGGCCGUCGAUUUCUCAUGCUUUCAAGCGCGACUGGCAUGGGCAUCGCCAUGGCAAUUCUUGCGGGCACCACGUCGGCGUCUACGAACAACGCUGCCCUCGUCGUCGCAGUCAUCUGUCUUUUCGCGUUUCAAUUCAUCUACACGGUCGGAUAUUCUGGACUCACAUUUCUCUACGCCACAGAGGUUGCACCGCUACAGCUGCGCGCCGCCAUCAGCGCCGUUGCGACCGCCGCCGUGUGGACCUUUAACUUUUUGCUCGCCGAAGUGACGCCCAUUGGCUUCAACACCAUCUCCUAUCGAUACUACAUUAUUUUUGCCGUUUUGAAUGCGGCCAUUGUUCCUCUUGUCUACUUUUUCUUCCCCGAGACGAGCGGCCGCUCUCUGGAGGAAAUUGACGAGAUUUUCCUGCAGUCCAAGUCCAUCUGGGAUCCGCCUCGACUGGCCCGCACCUUGCCGCGGAUGACAACAGACAAUGGGGUCACGGUGAGGUCUCUUUCGGGAGACGAUGACAAGAGUCAAGAUGUCAAACAAUAA